GAACAAAAAAACAUACACCAAAGCUUCAUAUACUUAAAGAUAUAUAAUUUCUUGAUUGUCCUGAGCCCUCAGAUCAAAAUCUGACCAUGGACAAGGUGAUGAGAAUGUCAUCGGAGAAAGGAGUCGUGAUCUUCACGAAAAGCUCAUGCUGUCUCUGCUACGCCGUGCAAAUCCUUUUCCGUGACCUUAGGGUUCAACCAACAAUCCACGAGAUCGACAACGAUCCUGACUGCCGAGAGAUUGAGAAGGCCUUAGUUCGUCUUGGCUGCGCCAACGCGGUUCCCGCGGUCUUUGUAAGUGGCAAGCUCGUGGGUUCGACCAACGAUGUCAUGUCGCUUCACCUAAGUGGCUCUCUCGUUCCCUUGAUCAAGCCAUUCGCGAUGGGUAGUGGUGCUAGUGCUAAUCUCCACUCAGACUCGAUGGAAGCAGCAGAUUCUUCGAUUCCCAGAGACAAAGACUUUGGCAAAUUCCAAUUCGGAUGCGAGCACUACAAGAGACGAUGUAAAAUCAGAGCUCCUUGCUGCAAUCUCAUCUUCCCAUGCCGCCACUGCCACAACGACGCUGCGAAUUCUUUAUCUGACCCUAAAGAACGACAUGAUUUGGUCCGUCAAAACGUCAAACAGGUUGUUUGUUCAAUAUGUCAAACUGAGCAAGAGGUUGCUCAAUUCUGUUCCAACUGUGGCGUCAAUAUGGGGGAAUACUUUUGCGAUAUCUGCAAAUUCUUUGACGACGAUACCUCGAAAGAACAAUUUCAUUGUGAUGACUGUGGAAUUUGUAGAGUUGGUGGGCGUGACAAAUUCUUUCAUUGCCAGAACUGUGGAGCUUGCUAUGCAAUGGGCUUGCGCGAUAAACACUCGUGCAUUGAGAACUCCACAAAAAAUUCUUGUCCUGUUUGUUAUGAGUAUCUAUUUGAUUCGGUAAAAGCCGCACAUGUGAUGAAAUGUGGUCAUACUAUGCAUUUUGAUUGCUUCAAACAAAUGAUCAAUGAAAACCAGUACCGAUGCCCCAUUUGUUCCAAGUCAAUGUUGGAUAUGUCUCAUACGUGGCAAUUAUUAGAUCUUGAGAUAAGCGCAACAGAGAUGCCGGUUGAGUAUAACUUUGAGGUUUCAAUUCUCUGCAAUGACUGCAACAAGGGGAGUAAAGCUAUGUUCCACAUUUUGGGACACAAGUGCAGUGAUUGUGGUUCAUACAACACUCGAAGAAUCUCAACGCCACAAGAUCCAGUGAGUGAAACAGAGUGAUCAUUUUCUGAAGCGAACUCUUCUUGAUUGGAUUUGCCCGUCAUUGGUCCAAACAUAGAGCGAUAGGGCUCUGUGUUCUGCUUGUUGCAUAAAGUGAUCCGGCCAAACCAUUGGGUUUGGUCGGUUCGUAUUUAAUAAAAACUUUAAAAGUGU